AUGCCAGCGCUGGCGCAGGUCGUCUUUGGAGCGGUCGACAAUAAGCUCACCACAGAGCAAGCCUUCAAGAUGCUCUCUUCCCCCCUCACCCCCAUGGACAUCACCCCCAACGGCGAUCAAAACAUCAACCUGCUAACCAACAAGCAAAUCGACUACCAUGGCAUCGUCCACACCCAUGACGGGGCGACCGAGGAUAAGGCCAUUGGGGACGAAGAAGUCACUCAUGGUGAACGCGAGCGCGGUGGCAGUCGUGGAAAGAGCAGGAUGAACAUGGCGCUCUAUCCACCCCGAAACAAGAUCCCGGACGUCAACACUCCACAGGUCAAGGCCUGGGUCGCCGAGAUCGAUUGGUCCAAGGUUCCCAAUAUCCCUGUCGCGGAAGGUUUAGCACCCGAUACGCCUCAAUUCCCGAAAUGCCCUCCGGACGAAGAGAUGGACCGGACGACUUGUUGGUGGUCUUGCUAUGGAUGCACGGCGCCGACGGAUAUUAUUACGUGCCCCUUGGCGAAUCAGUGGGGGUUGACGUAUGAUGAUGGGCCUAGCUUGGUGACGAGGAACAUGACCAAGUUUUUGAUGGAGAAGAAAAUCACCGCGACGUUCUUUGUGGUGGGGUCGCGAGUUCUGGAGUACCCGGAUAUCUUGCGUGAACAAGUCGCUCAGGGCCACCACAUCGGCAUGCACACAUGGUCGCACAGCGGUCUGACAACCCUGACGAACCAAGAAAUCGUCGCCGAGAUCCGCUGGUCAGAAAAGGCUAUCCGCGACGUAACAGGCCUAACCGCGAAAUACGUCCGCCCACCCUUCGGAGAUAUCGACAACCGGGUCCGCGAGAUCCUGCGCCAAAUGGGGUACACGAUCGUGAUCUGGACAAAGGGCUGGGACACCAACGACUGGAGGAUGCUAAUGCACGAGAUCCCCGAACGCGAGAUCAUCAAGAACUUCAAGGACGCCCUCGAUAACCGUGCCAACAUCCAGUCGUCGAAUGGGAAACCUGGGGGUCCGAUUACGUUGGAACACGAUGUGAGUAAGGAUACCGUUCAUGUGUCAAAAACGCUGAUUGAAAUGGCGGUUUCUAGGGGUUUGCAUCCUAUGAACCUUGCUGCCUGUCUUGGUGAUACGACGCCUUAUCAGCGCGGAUCAAAGUUGGGACCUGGUGGUGCAGUCGAGAAGAUUAAUGGUGGUGAUUUUACGGGUUCCUACAGGGGUAUGACGGGCAUGGAAGAGCAGGAUUAUAAUACCCCUUCCAAGACCGGUGGUAAGAAGGGCGAAGCCAAGAGCUCUUCUUCCUCUUCUACCAGUGAUGCCGUCGCUGCCCUCCAGCAGUCUGCGGUCUAUGCUGCCAUGGGCUUGACCGCCGUCGCGUCCGUUAUGUUGACCCUCUAG